CAGGAAAGAAAAAAAUGACAACAUCAAGGGGGUGGUUCCAUACAAAUAUGCAAACACACAAGCGAUUUCGACAUUUUCAUUUGUCAUGAUUGGAUCUGCGUUUUAAAAAAAAAAGACUUGUGCGGUAUGCCUUUUCUUUUUUUUUCACUCACUCACUCGGCAUAUCACAUGAAAGUGAGUGAGGGAGAAUUAGAUAGAAAAUAACUCUUUUUUUUUUUUUUUCUCUCUCUCUUUCUUUUUCUUUUUUCCUUCCAUCUCUCACUCACUCAAAAAAAGAAAACAUGCCAACAUUGACAGACAGUUUAAUCGUGGUACCACUUGAAAACAAGGUGUUAUUACCUUCUGUGGUGUUAAAGAUCAACAUGAGAGGUAGAGAUGCUGUUGCAUUAACUCGUAAGCAUUUACGGUUCAGUGAACAACGUAAACCCACCUAUAUUGCUUGUAUCCCUCUUACCGGUGAAAGUACCGCUGUAGUAGAAGAAGAUGCGGUUGCAUUAAAAGACGAAGGAUUUAUCAAGGCCGAAGAUAAAGACCGAUUAUUUGCCUAUGGCUGUACAGCCCGCAUUGUUAGAGUGCAGCGAUCGGGUCUAGGCGCUUUUACGAUGUUUGUGGAAGGUAUUUCUCGAUUUAUGGUAGAUGACUAUUUUACGCAUGAGAAUGCCUUGCAUGUCAAGGUCAAGUAUUUCGAUGAAGAACUAGACGAGAAUGAAACGAGCGAUGAAAUGAUUCGAUUUAAAGCUCUUGUACGUGAAUUUUUGGCCAAAAUGAAGGAUUUGAAUAUGCCAGAGAAUUUGAUUGGACAAUUGACCAAAUUGAUUGAUUCUGUGUCGCCUCCUGUCUUGGCAGAUCUGUUAGUGUCUGUGAUCGAGACGUCGUUUGAUGAGAAAUUAACCAUGUUGGCUACCAUCAGUUUAAAGGAACGAGUGGAAAAGGCAUCAGAAUGGAUGACACGUCAACUUCAUGUGUUGAAAAUAUCUGAGCAAGUGCAUUCAAGUGUUGAAGGAAAAUUAACCAAGAAACAACGCGAGUUCUAUCUCCGUCAACAGUUGGAGGCGAUUAAAAAAGAGCUUGGAGAAACAGAGGGUGGUAGUGGAGCCAAGGAAGAAGACGAACUUGACCAGCUAGGAGCUAAAAUCGAAGAAGCUGAAUUACCCGAGGAGGCUUCCACUGUGGCUCAACGCGAACUGAAACGGCUCAAAAAGUUACAACCUGCCUCCAGUGAAUAUGCCGUUGCUCGCAACUAUUUGGAACUGUUGGCAGAUUUACCAUGGAGCAAAAAAACAGACGAUGUAUUGGAUAUCGCACAAGCCAAACAGAAAUUGGAAGACGAUCAUUUUGGAUUGGAUCAUGUGAAGAAGCGUAUUAUUGAAUAUUUAUCCGUCAUCAAGAUCAAAGGAGAUUUAAAAGCUCCCAUCAUUUGCUUUGUUGGUCCUCCGGGCGUGGGAAAGACUUCCUUGGGUAAAUCCAUCGCUAGUUCUCUCGGCCGUGAAUUUCAUCGUAUUUCAUUGGGCGGUGUCCGAGACGAAGCAGAAAUGCGAGGUCAUCGUCGUACAUAUGUAGGUGCUAUGCCGGGAUUGAUUAUUCAGGGUUUGAGAAAAUGCAAAGUCAACAAUCCUCUGUUUCUAUUGGACGAGAUUGACAAACUAGUGCAAUCCUCGCAUUACGGUGAUCCAUCCGCUGCCCUUUUAGAAGUCCUGGAUCCGGAACAAAACAAUAGCUUUUCCGAUCAUUAUCUGAAUGUGCCCUUUGAUUUAUCCAAUGUACUCUUUAUUGCUACUGCUAAUAGUUUGGACACCAUUCCAGAGCCUUUGUUGGAUCGUAUGGAACUUAUCAGUCUGAACGGUUACACUUUCGAGGAAAAAUUAUACAUUGCUAAAGCACAUUUACUGCCAAAGCAGCUGUUGGCUCAUGGCCUUGUAAAGGGACAGGUAUGUAUGAAGGACGAAGUCUUUUUGAAAGUAGCAGAGAAUUAUACCCGAGAAAGUGGCGUACGUAGCUUGGAAAGAACUAUUGCAUCCGUGGUACGUGCGAAAUGUGUUCAAUUAGCCGAUUUACGUGAACAAGACAAGGAAGAAGAAUACGACCCCAAUGUUUCUUUAGAAGCCAUUGAAGAGAUCCUUGGUAUGGCUUAUUAUGAAAAGGAGAUUGCAGAAAGAGAUCCAGUUCCGGGUGUUGUCACGGGUUUGGCUUACUCUGGUAGUGGUAACGGUGGUAUUUUGUUUGUAGAAGCCACCAAGAUGCCUGGUGAUGGUAAUCUCGAGUUAACCGGCUCCCUUGGUAACGUGAUUCAAGAGUCUGCCAAAUUAGCCUUGUCUUGGGUCAAGUCUCAUGCGUUUGCACUUCAAUUAACAACGAGUCCCACAGGGAAAAUGAUUGAGCAUGAUGAUAUUCAUAUUCAUUUCCCUGCUGGUUCAAUUAGUAAAGAUGGACCUUCCGCUGGUGUUACGCUGGUAUCAGCCAUUGUAUCACUUUAUUCGGGUUACCAUGUACCACCCACGACGGCCAUGACAGGUGAGAUCUCGUUACGGGGACAAGUUUUACCUGUAGGAGGAAUUAAAGAAAAAGUGGUGUCUGCUCACCGUGCUGGUAUUCGUAAAAUUAUUUUGCCCUAUCGUAACCGUAAAGAUGUUGAACAAGAUGUUCCUGAGAAGGUCAAGGAGGAUAUUCAAUUUGUUUAUGCCAAGAACAUAUGGGAUGUGUUAGAAGCGGCUCUCGUCAUGAAUGAAACCGACAAAUGGAUCACACCCCGUGUAUAUGAAAGUCACUUAUAAAUUUUUGUCGUAUUAUUAGUAAACAUUAUAUUUAAUGAGGGGAUCGUUCAAUUGACGACUUUUUUAAUGGCGUUUUUAAAGGAGUGUUUAAAAUAACAAUGUGAUGUUGGGAUCAUUGUUUCUUAACUGCAAUACUCCGACUCUUUUUAUUGGCUGGCAACUCUAGGUGCUUUUAUUUUUUACCCUUUUUUUUUUU